AUGGACGAGGAUGUCCAGAACUUUAUGAUGAUCACCGGGUCCGACGCCGACGUCGCCCAGGGAUAUCUGAAUAUGGCCGAUGGCGACGUCGGGCAGGCCGUCUCUCUGUUCUACGAAACCCCCGAGCUUCAGUCGUCCUUCAGAGCUCAGGCCGCCGCUUCAUCAGCACCCGCCGCCGCUGCCGCCGCCGCUGCUGCCGCCCCGGCCAUUCCCGCCACGAAUGCUCCUCCCUCACGUAGCAAUACCGCCCGCGCCGGCCGGCAGGACGCAAGCGGCGUCAUCCAUAUAGAUUCUGACGAUGACGACGACUUUCAGAUGGGCGAGGACGACUACAUCGAUGUGGACGACGACGACGACACCGCACAGGCCGCUACGGUGGCGCGGGUAGCUCAGGAGGACGAGGACGCCGCCAUGGCCAAGAGGUUACAGGAGGAGCUCUAUUCGGAGACUGCUACUGGAUCAGACGGCGUUCGUGCACCUAUCGCUCGAACGACAGAAACGUUGGUCGCACCGAGCGCGGGCUCGUAUGGGCUAGAGGAUGACGACAUGGAGUCGGCUGUCUUCGAGCAGCUGCGCAGACGCCGGCAACCACAGCCACGAUCCGCAAACCCGUUCGCCCAGUCAAUAUGGGAAGAUCCGAAUGCUCCCAUGCGCGCCCCUCAGCCCGCUGCCGAAGGCGUCCCCCAGACACGCGCACAACGGCUUGCCGAACUAUUCCGCCCCCCGUAUGACCUCAUAUCCCACUUCUCCUGGGACGAAGCGCGCUCGGAAGGCAAGGAGGAGAAGAAGUGGAUACUCGUCAACCUCCAGGACAUGACCGACUUUAACUGCCAGGCUUUAAACCGAGACAUCUGGAAGGACGACCUCGUGAGGCAGCUGGUGCAGGAGAACUUCAUAUUCCUGCAGUACUCGAAGGACGACGAGCGAGCGCAGCAGUACAUCACCUUCUACUUUUCACACAACGCCAGCGAGAACCCGAACAACUACCCACAUGUCUCCAUCAUUGACCCUCGGACAGGCGAGCAGGUCAAGGUAUGGUCCGGCACGCCAUUCCCCACACCACAAGAAUUUCACUCUCAGCUCGUGGAGUUUCUCGACCGAUACAGCCUGUCUGUCAACAGCAAGAACCCCGUCUCGAAGCAGAAGCGGCCGCAGCAGACGGUCGACGUGGACCGGAUGACGGAGGAGGAGAUGCUGCAGAUGGCGAUGCAGAACAGCCUAGAGACGAAUGGAAACGGUGGCACUAGUACACCGGACGUCCACGAUCCCGAUGCGCUCACUCAGUCUAUGGAACUUGGAAUGGGCAAAGGGAAGGCGGUCGCAACGGACGACGACGACGACGUAAUGGAAGCUGCGCCGCCAGCUGCUGAAGCCUCGUCCUCGUCACAGCCGUCUCCGUUUGCGGGCAUCGCCUCUGACAGGCCACAUACGGAGCCUGCCAAUGACCCGGCGGCGACCACGAGGAUCCAGUUCAGGCAUCCCACCGGCCGAGUGAUUCGACGGUUCACCGUUCAGGACCCCGUGUCACGCAUCUACGAGUGGCUCAAGGCGGAGCCAUUGGAGGGCAAGGAGGGCGUUGAGUUUGAGCUCAAGGCCAUGCCGCAAGGCCGCGAUCUGAUUGAUGAUUUGGACAAGACGAUCGAGGAGGCGGGCCUGAAGCAAGGCACUGUCAUGAUCGAGUUUGUCGAGUGA